CUGUCAGUUCCUCCGCUCGCUCAGUUGGCCGAAACAGUUUAAAGAGUGAACGUGGCCCGAAGGCAAUCUACUGCGUGUGCUCCCACUUAAAAUGCCACUAACUAUUCGUAUAUGUUGAAGGAAGAACUGCAAAUAUAAUUGUAAUUUUUUUAUUUAAUUAAAAACCAUUAAACGCAAGCCAAGGAAGGUCAUGGCUUCGAGGCAGUCUGGCCGCAGGCAGCCAUUACCAUUGGCCCUGCUAUGUAUCCUAAUCGCUCUCCCCUGCAUCUUGGAGUGCCAGGGCAUAGAGGUGACAUCACCGACCAAGAAGUCGGCUCCCCUACGCAUAACCAAGCCACAGCCCACAAGUCAGCAGGUCAAGCCCAGCAGUAUUACCACAAAGCCACCAACCACAACAGUGGCCAUGGCCCCCACCACCAUCGAUGACGGAGCCUCCGGCUCCAGCUCCAGUGCCAGCUCGAGCUGGCACGAUGGACAGCUGGCCCCGCUCAUCUCGUCCACCACGGAAAGCAGCAGCAGCAGCAGCAGCAGCGAUGGAACGAGCGACACUUUAGUGCCAGAGAUAUGUCUCAAUGGCCUCCAGAUAACCGUAGACAGUCCGGAUGAGGGAACCGUGAUACGGAAACAGGAUGAGUUUGUGAAGAUAAUUGAGGGGGACGUGAUGCUCAGUGUCCUGACCAAGGAUCCCAUCUCCGUAAUGUUUGUUAUCAAUCGCCUCAAUCAGGCAAACUUCUUAAUGGCCGACUUUGAAAUUGGCAUACGCGCCAUCAACAUUGACAACAACAGUUUGGCCGAGAACAUACUCCUCCAGGAGGUUCAGUUUAUGCAACAGUGCACCGACUUCUCCAUGGGCAUCUUCAUCGAUCUGGACUUGUACAAGCAGCUGGAGUCGGUGAUUAAGGACCUCGAGUAUAAUAUCUGGCCUAUACCAGGCACCCGAGAUCAUCUCUUUCCAAAAGUUGCCCAUUUGCUGCACCAAAUGCCAUGGGGCGAGAAGAUAGCCUCCGUGGAGAUAGCAACCGAGACGCUGGACAUGUAUAAUGACUUCAUGGAAGCCGCCCGCCAGGAGCAUAUGUGCCUGAUGCAUUUCAAGAGUGACGAGAAUGUGUACAUCUUGUUUGGCAACAAGGUGGCCAGUCACUUUAAAGAAAACGGAACUCUGUUUGCUGUGCCCACCGAUCGAACGGAUGAUGAGUUUCUGGCAGAUUUGCCCAACCGAGCCUUCAUUCUGAUGGAGAAUGAAAUUGAUCUGAGCACCAGCACUGAACUGGACAGCGCUCAUACCACCCUUGAUGAGGUGCUGAUAGGAAAGAGCAUAGUCCCUUCGCGGGUUCUAAGCUUUGCUGGUUCCAUUGUGGACCUGAUGAACUGGCUGCGCGGCUCCCUGGCCAAGCACUGCCAGCGAGAGAGAGAGUUGUAUUCGCUGAAGACUUGCUUCAACUUUCUAAACUUCAUCGAGGAUUGGAGGACAUCCGAAUUUAGACAGGCGCAUGAAACCGCCGAGAUCCUUUCGCUUCUGGCCAUGCGCAAGCUAGCCACGGCGAUGAAUUUCCAGAUGUAUCAGAAGAAGGUCCUGAUGCUGGACAAGAUCACAGGCGAGUCAAGGACAGAGCUCCGUGAGAUAGCAUCGCAGAACUUUGUGACCAAUGUGACCACUUACUACCACUACAACCGGGACAACCACACGAGCCUCGAGCUGAAGACCAAGUUUGGACAAGUGUUCAACUGCCAGUACAGUGCCGGGGAUAAUCGACGAUACCCCUUCCUGUUUGAGGGUGAAUCCGUGAUGUUCUGGCGCAUCAAGAUGGACACCUGGGUGGCAGCCGGACUUACAGCCGCCAUACUCGGCCUGAUUGCUACCCUGGCCAUCCUGGUCUUUAUUGUUGUUCGCAUCUCACUGGGCGAUGUCUUCGAGGGCAACCCGGCCACCUCGAUCUUGUUGCUGCUCUCGCUGAUCCUGGUCUUCUGCUCCUUUGUGCCCUUCUCCAUCGAGUAUGUGGGUGAGCAGCGCAACUCGCAUGUGACUCUGGAGGAUGCCCAGACUUUGAACACGCUGUGCGCCGUGCGGGUCUUCGUGAUGACCUUGGUCUACUGUUUUGUGUUCUCCCUGCUCCUCUGCCGGGCCGUGAUGCUGGCUUCCAUUGGCUCGGAGGGAGGCUUCCUGUCCCAUGUAAAUGGCUACAUACAGGCAGUGAUCUGUGCCUUCAGCGUUGUCGUCCAGGUGGGCAUGUCAGUGCAACUGCUCGUGGUGAUGCACGUGGCCUCGGAGGCAGUGUCCUGUGAGAAUAUCUACUAUGGAAGAUGGCUGUGGGGCCUCCUGGCCUACGAUUUCAUUUUGCUGUGUUGUCUGGGCGCAUUGAUACCUUCUUUCUAUCGCUCGCAGCGUAACUAUCGCGAGGGAAUACUUAUUGUCAUAGGAACCGUGCUCAUCAUGGUCAUCUGGGUGGCCUGGAUAGUCUUAUCCCUCUUCGGAGACGAGUGGCGCGAUGCGGCUAUACCCUUGGGACUGCAGGCCUCCGGCUGGGCUGUGCUGGUGGGCAUCCUGAUACCACGCACCUUCCUCAUUGUGAGAGGCAUCGAGCGGUCGGACAUUGCCCAGGCACUGCCUUCGCUCACCUCGUUGGCCUUUGCCCAGAACAACCAGUACUCCUCGGAACAGAGUGUCUACGAGUGCGUGAAUCCUGCCAUGCGCCACUGCGCUCAGGAUGAGGUUAACCACCAGUCGCCCAGUGAGAUUCCUACGUUACCCCUGCGUGGCGGUGGCCCCCGACGCCAGCAGUUCUUCGCCAAUCUCCGCCAGGCUAAUGCCAAUAUUAAUCCCCAGCGUCCUCCGCCUCGGCCCAAGCAGAGUCCUUCCCGUUCCUCGGUCUCCUCGCUGCCGCCCUCGCCUGAAAGCAACAAGAUCACCAGGUUUUAACCAGGUUUCACCUAGGUUCUAUCCCGGUUUUAGCCAGGUUGUAGCCAAGUUGUAACCAGAUUUUAACCAGGUUUAAGCCAGGUUUUCUAGAUGACCCCACGAUCCUGAGAUCGAUCCUUGACCUGCGUGUGAUGAUGCGCAUCUAGUCAAAGCUCCAAGAACUCGUAUUAAGCCUAUUAAUCCCUGACGAACCAAGAUCUUAAGGAAGUUCAUAUUAUAAUAAUAACUAUACCACAUUAUAUUAAAAAUA